GAAGUUCAAGGCAGGGAGACAGCUAGGGUUUUUUGAAGCUCCUUGGUAACCUGAGAAAUACUACUGGUAUUCCUGAACCCUGGGUUUGUGAUCUCAAGGUGACUCUGAAGUGACUUCCUGAGUAAGGUGUGCUGCAGAAGAACAUGGCUCAAGAAACUAAUCACAGCCAAGUGCCUAUGCUUUGUUCCACUGGCUGCGGAUUUUAUGGAAACCCUCGCACAAAUGGCAUGUGUUCAGUAUGCUAUAAAGAACACCUUCAAAGGCAGAACAGUAGUAAUGGUAGAAUAAGCCCACCUGCAGCCUCUGUCAGUAGUCUGUCUGAGUCUCUGCCUGUUCAGUGCACAGAAGGCAGUGUCCCGGGAGCUCAGUCAGCGUUAGACGCCACGUCCCCAGCUGCGCAGCCAAGCCCUGUAUCAAAUCAGUCACUUUUAUCAGAAUCAGUAGCAUCUUCCCAAGUGGACAGUUCAUCUGUGGACAAAGCAAUACCUGAAACAGAAGACCUGCCAGGUCCCAGAGCAGAGGGCCUUGUUCCUCUUGAGUGUGGUCCUCCGUAUGGGUGGUCGAACCAGUGUUGCCUGCCUGGUGCUUGUAGACGUGUCUUAAGGGCAUCAGCCCCAGACACGGCACGACCGCCAUCUGAAGAGCAAAGCACAUCUCUGGAAAAACAAAAACAAAAAAAGAACCGCUGUUUCAUGUGCAGGAAGAAAGUGGGACUUACUGGGUUUGAAUGCCGGUGCGGGAAUGUUUACUGCAGUGCACAUCGCUACUCAGACGUGCACAGUUGCUCUUACAAUUACAGAGCUGAUGCUGCUGAGAAGAUCAGAAAAGAAAAUCCAGUAGUUGUUGGCGAAAAGAUCCAGAAGAUUUGAACUCCUGCUGGAAUACAAAAUCCUUUGACCAUCUGCAAACUAAAAACUGACUUGAGAUUUUUUUUCCUAGUCAUUGGGAAUGUAGAGCAGUGUAUCUUGCAUAGACCUUUUAAUCAUGCAUGUCAUCAGAAGAAUAGAUUUUUGUUUUCUGAAAAUGACUCUGAACAUUUAUGUCCAUUGCAGUUUCUGUGGCUAAAAAGACUUAAGUAAACUUUACAAGUAUUAUCCUUUUCAGAUCAUUUUAAUUUUAGUUGAAUGCAGAGGGCUUUUAUAACAAACGUGGAGAAAUUUUGGAGGGUGUGAUUUUUCCAGUAUUAAACAUGCAUGCAUUAAUCUCGCAGUUCAUUUCUCAUUGUGUGUGUAUAGCUUUUCUCCGCAGCACGAUCCCUCUUGAUGACGCCCUCCGGGCCUAUCCAGUGACCGUGGCCGAAUGUAUCCCAAUCGCUAUGGCUGCUUCUGUUUUCCAUUAACCAAGGUCACACAUGUGUCAGCAUAUAGUUUGCGCCCACUGUUUAUGUCUGAGUCAUUUGUCACAGGAAACUGUGUGCUGAUGAGGUUCUGAGUUUGUGUGUUUUAGGUUUGUUUUCGAGGGAGGGGAGGAAGAGCUGUGCGCAUCUCAUUGCUGACUGCAGGUUUCUCUCAGAUUAUGUUCAUUGGUCUGUGUGUGUACAAUAUGAAGAAUGAUCUGAAGUAAUUGUUCUGUAUUUAUGUUUAUUCACCAGUCUUUGAUUAAAGAAAACAGAAAACCA